GCGGCUGCCGGACGCCCGGGACAGGGAUCCGGGCAUGGCGGAGCUGCCGCCGGAGACGGCGGCCCUGGCCGAGGCGGAGCGCCGCGUGCGGGCCUGGGCGGAGACGCAGCGGGCGCGGGGGAGGCGCGUGGUGCUGGUGACCUCGGGCGGGACGCAGGUGCCGCUGGAGGCGCGGGCUGUGCGCUUCCUGGAGAACUUCAGCAGCGGGCGCCGCGGGGCGGCCUCGGCCGAGCAGCUGGUGGAGGCCGGCUACGGCGUCUGCUUCCUGCACCGCGCGCGCUCCGCCUUCCCCUGGGCGCGCGCCCUGCCCGUUCACGGGCCCGCGCUCCUGGACGCUCUGCGCGUGGCCGAGCCCUCCGGCCCCGCCCCCUCCGUCACCGCCGACGUGGACGCGCUCCCAGGGCUCGUGGACGCGCUCCUGGCCUACCGGCGCGCCAAGGACGGAGACGCGCUCCUGGCCGUCGAGUUCACCGGCUUGGGCGAGUACCUGGGGCUGCUGCGGGCGGCCGCCCGGGCCCUCGCGCCGCUGGGUUCCAGUGCCAUGUUCUACUUGGCAGCUGCCGUGUCAGACUUCUAUAUCCCUGCUUCAGAGAUGCCAGAACAUAAGAUCCAAUCUACAGAUGGACCCCUUCAGAUCACGAUGAAGAUGGUGCCAAAAAUGCUCUCUCCUCUGGUUAAGGAAUGGGCUCCUGAGGCUUUUGUGAUUUCCUUCAAAUUAGAAACCAAUCCUUCCAUUUUGAUUGACAAAGCUCGGCAGGCUUUGGAGAAAUACCGACACCAGGUGGUAAUAGCAAACAUGCUUGACUCCCGAAGAACCUCUGUGGUCGUGGUAACCAGGGAUUCAGAAAGGCAACUAUCACUUUCUGAUGAGGAAGUGAACCGAGGCAUGGAAAUCGAGGAGAAAAUUGUGAGCCACCUUACAUCUCAGCACACUGCUUUCAUGGAGAAAGGGCCCUUGAUAAGGAAAAACGUGAUUUGGCCUCGUUGCCAUGGUUUCCGAGGCCUUGCCUCGGUCCCGAGGAACCAGCCUCCCCCCUCGUGCCACCGAGCCCGUAUGGAGGGAGCCCAGCCGGAACAUACUUACGUGGAAGAUAUAAGGCAGAAGCUUAAGGAUGAAGGAAUUGACCCGAAAGCCUCAGUAGAUGAACAGCUUUGUUAUGUUUGGAGCCUGUUCCUGCACAGUCGAGAGAAGUUGCAUUCUGCCACCAGCGAGUUAGAGCAACUCAGACAACAGCAAGUGGAAGAGAUGAAAGAGGUGGAAAACUACGUGGGCCAUGUCCGCAACUUAACAGAGGCACGAGAUGCUCUUGCAACUGAAUUCGAGAAAGAAAAUGCGCAACUUAGAACGGAAUUCACAAAGCUGCAGCUUGAACAUGAAUCCCAGCAGAAGGAAGUGGAAGAGAUGUUGGAACAGGAAGGUUUGCUGGAUAUAGCCCACAGCAGUCCCAGCGAGCAGAUUGCCUACUUGCUGGUUGAAAGAAGUACACUGCUGGAGAAACUGGAAGGGCUGGAGCAAAGGUUGGGAUCCCCCGUCUGUUUAGAAAACCUUUGCACUGCGCAGCUUCAGGAUGAAUUGGAUCACAUCCAUCAGACGCUAGAAGAUGAGCUUCAGCAGCAGCGUGAAUCCAUGCAGCGCAUCAAGGAGACCUUGAAUAGGUCUCAUGCUGAAGAACUGGCAAGAGAGAGAGCCGUGCGCGAGCAUGCGGAGCAAGACCUGGACGAAGCAGCGUGCAGGUUGCAGAUGGCUCAUGCAGAGAUCCGGAAGUUGACAGAAGAACUGGACAUGCAGAAGAAAGAGCAAAGCAUGCUGGCUCCAGCGGUGGCUGAAAACGUGAAAGAAGAGAUGAGCAGAACAAGAGACAGUGAAGCUUCUGAGCUGCAGAAAGCCAAAGAGCAUAACAUCCGACUGGACAAAGAGAUCCUGGCUUUGCGCAACAGAGUCCGAUUUCUUGAUUCCGAGAGAAAAACCAUGUUGGACCAGAAGCUCAAAGAGGUGACUCCAGAGUCUCAGAAGUCUGAGGAGGAGCCAAAACAUUUAUGUACUGAGACGAACGAUGCUGAAGACUUUGAAGGCUGCCAGUUGCAGGCUGAAAGGGAAGCGAUGAAAGCUGAAGAGGCCAACGUGUUGGGGGAAGCCACCUCAGAUGAUGAAGGAACAUCUGAGAAAAGCAAAACACCUCACAAAAGGUGCCAGAGAGUCAUGGAAGGGAUUGAGUGUCGCAAUUCCCAGCUCCGUCAUGAGCUGCGUAAGCUGGAGCAGGAGCACGAGGACUUGGUCGAGCGGAAUGAGGAGCUGGAGUCGCUUCUGGGAGAAAUGCAGAACCAAAGCAGAGAAGAGCACGAACGCUUUGAGUGCGAGGUCGACGGGCUGCGGGGCAAGGUCUUGCAGUUAGAGGCAGAGUUACGUGAAGCACAGAAAAUCAAAAUGGGUGAGACAGGUGAAGAUACAGCAAAAGAAAUGCAGGAUCACCAGAAGAUGCUGAAAGCUCACCAGGAGAAGGUUGAAGUACUGGAAAGUAAACUGUCCGAAGAGAUGGAGUGGAGAAAGCAGCUGGCUCAUGACCUUGAAAUGACACAGCAAGUGUUGAAAGAUGAAAAGAAGGAGUUGCACAACUCUAAGUCAGAACUUCUGAGACUUUACAGUGAACUCCAGAUGCUUCAGGAGGCAGCAGAGGAAAGAGAUUUUCUUAAUGUGACACAUAAGAAACUGCAGCAAGAGAACCUUCUGCUGGAAAGUAAGGCCUCGGAGCUAUCCCACGAAUGCCAGCAGUUAAACCAACUCCUUAUGGAACAAAAAGAUGGAAGUGAAAGAUUUUCAACAAGUGGAAGAAUGUCUUCAGAGAGGGUUUUGGAAGAUCGGAUCCACAGCCUGGGAGAAGAGAAAGAGCAGUUGUGCGUGAAAUUAUUAGAGAGCAAUGAGAAAACGGAAGAACUGGAGAAGCAGGUGAAAGGGAGCAAUGAAGAAAAACAGCUCUUAUGGGAAGAAAAUGCCCAGUUGAGGAAAGACAUCCUUGCUCUCCGGCAUCAGCUUAACAACGCCAUGGCUCUGAGGGGGAAACAUGAAGCCUUUGCUGUGGAGAAUCGGCCUGUCAAGCCACAGACUGCUGUGGAGAAUACAGAAAGUGAUAUGAAGCAGUGCCUGCCCAGUGAGAGACUCCUGCAGCAGCAGCAACAAGAGGAAUUCCAGCAGCUCCGGCACGAUUUUCAGAGGGUUCAGAACGUGUGCAGUUCAGCAGAGAAGGAGCUGAGGUAUGAGAGGGAGAAGAACUUGGAACUGAAGAAGCACAACAUCCUUCUCCAGCAAGAAAACAUCAAGAUCAAGGCUGAAUUGAGGCAAGUGCAGCUGAAGCUUUCCGACUCCUCCAAGAUGUGUUCCUCUCUAACUUCUCAGUGGGAACUCAGUCGCCAAAAGGUCAAAGAACUGGAGCUGGAGUUGCUGAAACAAUCCCAAGCAAUUAAGCAGCAGAACAGCUUGCAGGAGAAACUCGUGCAGGAGAAAGCCAAGGCUGCUGAGGCCGAGAAAAGGAUACUGGAGCUGCAGCAUAAGCUGAAGGAGUCCCACCACCAGGUGCGUCUGUCCGAGACCCACAUCUUGGGGCAAAAGCAACUGGAAGAGGAACUGAAGGAGGCCCGAGAGAAUGAAGUUAAGGUACAGCGGCAGUUUCAAGAGGAGCAGCGGAAAAGGAAGCUUUUGGAACAGCGGACUGAAGAACUCCAGCAACAACUCAGACUCUCUCUAGAGAAAGAGAUGCAGCUCACGAGGACAUCUGCCAAAUUGCAGGUCCAGUGCCAACAGCAGGAGGCUCAGUUGCAGGUCUUGGAAGAAGAGAAGAAGACCCUUUCCAAUGAGCAUCUUCACUGCCAAAAAUAUAGUCAGAAACUCUCAGAGCAGCUGUUAGCGUUGCAGCGGGAGAAGGAAACCUUCCAUGAGGAAUACAGUCACAUCCUCCAGCAGGUGGACGCCUCUGUCAGAAAACACAACGAGAGACAACUUCGCCACAAAGCCAAGCUCCGAAGAGCAAAGGAGAUGUUCAUCUUGGAAGUGAAACAGCGGGACAUGCGCAUUAAACAACUUGAAAAUGAAACGAUGCUGUCCAAGAGCCAGAUGGAAAAGGAUCAUCUGUUGAUGAGGCGGGUGACCUCGGAGAAUGAGAGCUUGCUCCACGAGAAACGGGAACUCUUGCAAAGGUUCCAUGAGCAAGAAGAAACUGAGCAGAGCAACAGGCAGGUCAUUUCCGCAUCCCAAAACAGAGUGCGAUUCUUGGACGAAGAAAACAAGCAGCUCCAAGAACGCACCCUGCAGCUGAGCAGCCAGGUCGGUGCCUUGGAGCGUGCCCUACGGAACAUUCACAGCCACAACUUAGAAGUAAGAAAACCCGGCUCAAGUCUUGUCUUUGGUGGGACCCCACUCCCACAGUCCCCUGGCAUGCCUCCUCUCCGGCCACUAGGGGAACUGAGGAACGUUGGCUUCUCUGAAUGUGAGCUGCAAAGCAAAGUGGUGCCCCUUCCCAGUGUAAGCUUCUCUCUGAUGGGGCUGUCAGACUCAUUCAACCUCCUGAAAGCCAUUCAGGAUGUCAGACCUGAGGACGCAGCAGAGAGUUCUCUGCUCUCACCUUUGCCUUCUCAGCCUUCAGAGAUCGGUUACCUAAACGUGGCCUCUCCAGGGGAUGCCACAGACUGCCAUGAGGAGGAGGAGGAACAGGAGCAGCCUACCCGCUGUGAUGAUGUGUAAGGGUGACAAGGGAAGAAAGAUAAAGGAGAACUGCAGAGGGACCCCAGAAGCUGAGUGACCGUGACUGCUGGGUCCAGCUUGCCCGCUGAACUCUGAGAUUUGCCUUUAAACAAGUCUUUGGAAUACUUUUUUUAAAAAAAUGGACUUGUACAG